AUGUGUUGUGACCCCACAGGUACGUUCUGGCAGGGUGUGGUACCCAGAGGGACCGUCUCUGCCACCAAGUGGGUAUUCGUCUGUUCCUCGGCUGUACUCAGUAAAGAAGGAAAUACACAAUAUUGUAAUAACAUAACAACCCAUACCCUCCCUCCACCUGAUGGCAUCUCAAAUAUAUUAACAGAAAUAAGGAAGACCACUCUUUUGACUUUACAUUCCAUACUGUCCCCUGUUGUGUAGUGACAUCUGCCCCUGUUAUCUCUGUCUCUGUGUAGUACAUCACCAAUAUGUGACUGACUGUGACUGACUGUGUCUCUCUGUCUCUGCAGGGAGCUUCCUGUGGCUGGGCCAGAGCAGGAAAGACCUGUUCUGUGUUUGGGACCAGGAUGGUCAGAUGCACCCCACCACAGUCCAACUGCCCCAGGACACAGAGAUGGUUCAGCGCUCUGCCUGCCGCGAUGCCCUGUGGGGACUGAACUACCACGGCCGCAUCCACAUCCGCACCCUCUCAACUAGCCCCACCGGCAUGCACCUGCUGGACCUCAGCCAGCUCGGUAAGGCCAUUCUCUUCACAUUUAGAAAUAACAUUGGACAGAUCACAAGCUAGGGUAGCUAAGUGUAGACUAGAUGGCAGAGCCUUAUAUUAGAGAAAUAAAUGCCUCUGCUAGAUGCUCAAUGCGAAAAUAACUUUGUGAUUUUGUUUGGAGCAUUGGUGAUUUUGUUGCCUCACAGGGAUGUUGAUUGCAGUAGUUUGUGGUGUUUCCUCUCUGUUUUCUGUGAAAACAAAAUGUUUUCCACAUUUCAUUAUACUGCAGUAACUGAUUAAUUUGGUCUGCAGAUAUUAAAGGAACAUUUAAUUGUAUAUAUUGGCAGUAGGCAUAAUUUUUUUUAUAGCCAUUACAUAACUGAUCAGACUAGGACAUCUAUUCCUAGUCUCACAUACAUAUCUAGUACAUGUUGUAUCUAGCACAUGUUGUAUGUCUAGUCUGUCAAAUGUCAGCCUGUCUUUUGGUUUCAGUUGCGUGUAGCUGCAUACGGCCAUCUUAGUGUCCCCACCAGCUCAGGUUGUGUCCCCCGGUCGGCUACGGUUCUGACGCCUCCUAGCUGCCGACCGUCUGACUCUGACCUAGUUCACGUCUCUACAGACCCCUUUCCAGUACACGACACACUGACGUCACGCACAGAUGCGUGCAACUCUUGGCGGCAGUAAGAUAGCCAUCGCCAUCUGCACACAUUCAACAAACAAACACAUUAAGCAGGACAUUUAUACGAGCCUUAAAAUCCAAUUAUAAUCCAAAAGUAGUGUGAAAUGCACUCGUAAACAACAUGUAAAUAGAGGCUUUUUUUGCUGGCGUUCUAUAAGAACUCCCCCUUGUUCUGCCACCAACUUGCGCGCAUCGCCCUCGUGCGUCAAUGUUUGUAAACACAGAAAGGGGUCUAUAUGCGGUUGUCUUUCUAGUCCUAGUUACGUCCCUCGGGAAUGCAGGGAGAGCAAUAAACUAGCACACCUGAAGCAGAGGAUCUGGAGUUUAAAGGUAAGAGCCAGGUAGGUAGAAAGACGGUCUUACAACAGUAUGAAGACCCGUUUUGUCCUGCUCUUGAUUGGCUGCUGACACAGAUUCUGCAGGCUGGGGGUCUCAGAUGUCACUUGCUCCCCCAGUUUUACGAGGGAGGUGUUGAUUUUUUAGGGUGUUGUCAGCUGGUACUUACAUAAGACUUGUUUUGUAAUAAGGUCCUCCUUGAGCAAGGUGUCAAAGUUCAGGCCAGGCAGGGAAAAGAGCAAGUCAAGGGUACAAUCACUGAGACUGACCUGUCAAUAGUCCAUGCUGAAGGAAUGUCAGAUAAGUUCACCAAAGAAGAAGACCUUAUCGGUUUUUAGGUUGAAAUGUUGUUUACAUGGCCUUUAGACUUUGUUUGUUUGCACCACAUCUCAAGCAGUAAGCUGACAUGUCUGCAGAAAUCACAUGAUCCUAAACAGAUAUUGGACCGAUGUGUUAGUCUCAUUUGGCAGAAGGCCUGAUCUUUAACAACUAAGUCCCUACUGGGGUUGAUAAUAUCGAGUAUCAGCAAUAUUUGACAUUGAAGAUAUAUGGUUGAGAUAUUGUGAUGUGCAAGACGAUACUCUAUUUGAACUUUACAAAUCAAAAGUGUGCAGUUUUAUCAGUUGGGCUGUAUCAAUGAAUUAGCUAAGGCCAUAUUUUUUGCCAUAUAAGUAUUUUUUCAUGAGAAGGCAACUAGAAGGUCACAAAAAAGAACAGUCUAGAAUGAUUUACUAAUCAUUAACAGCGCAAAACGAUAUUAUCGGAUAGCAGCGAUAUUUGGAGUAGCAAUACCGAGGAAUAGGUCUACCCAAAUAUUGCCCAACCCUAGUCCCUACCCUCCAUUCCUAGAGGUCAGUGUCAAUUAAAAUCCAUGGAAAGUAAGAUGUCUAACAGCAGAUCCAUUUCUAUCCUUGGCUAGGUCCACCAGGGACUUGGUAGAAGCCUCAGUGUUUGUUUAUUGAAGAGGUUCAGGUUGUAAAUGUUCUGCUGCUGGAAGGUGGCGGGUGCAAAUAGACAGCCAUGUGACGACAGCAGACAGCUGUAGCCACGUCCUAUUGGACUCUAGAGGCAUCACAAUGUAACAUGAGUGGGGAGGGAGCUAAGAGUGCACUCAUUUUUAGCCCUGUUCUGUUAGUGUAAUUGACCACAUGAUCUAAGUCUCCGCGCUACGACGCUGCACAGGAAUUAGGACAGGGACAGAGUGUUUUUGACGCCUUUCACAUUUCAUUAUAGUUCAUGAAGGGUAGUUUCGAAAGUGAUGGCAUAGUGACAUUUGAAAGUGUAGCUUCUUUUACAUAAUAUGUUCAUUGGGUGUAGAACAUUUGGUUGUUUAUUAUAAAAGAUUGAUUUCCAUUAUAGAGGUCAGAGGUAAAAGGGUGAUGUCCAAGGUCAUGAAUGUCCAGAAAACAUGAGUCCUUGAUCUGUGCUUUGAGAUAGCCACCCUGUGUUUGAAGCUGUAUCCCAAUUCUACAACCUUUUCACUUGCACACUCCCCAUCAUGGAUUUAAAGCAUAUGAUUGGUUUAAGCAUUGGCUGGAGGGAGUUUCCACCAUGGUCAAAUCCAUGUGAAAAAGUGUGCAAGUGUACACUUUGUGAGAAGGGUGGAGAAUCUGGUUGCAGCCUAUACACAGAGUUGACCACCCAGUCAGCUGAUGCCCCAGUGAGGGGGAGGUCAAAAGGGUUAAAACAUUAGUCCUUGACCUGAGCUUUUUCCACAUUUUUGUUACAUUACAGCCUUAUUCUAAAAGUGAUUAAAUUGUUUUUCCCCCUCAUCAAUCUACACACAAUACCCCAUAAUGACAAAGCAAAAACAUGUUGUUAUACAUUUAUGCAAAUGUAUCAAAAGAAAACAACUGAAAUAUCAAAUUUACAUAAGUAUUUGGCUGCGAUUACAGCCUCAAUUCUUCUUGGGUAAAAAAAAUAAAAUAAAAAAUAAUUGCCAUUUAGCAGACGCUUUUAUCCAAAGCGACUUACAGUCAUGCGUGCAUACAUUUUUUUUUGGUGUAUGGGUGGUCCCGGGGAUCGAACCCACUACCUUGGCGUUACAAGCGCCGUGCUCUACCAGCUGAGCUACAGAGGACCACACAGCUAGUAUGACGUUACAAGCUUGACACACCUGUAUUUGGGGAGUUUCUCCCAUUCUUCUCUGCAGAUCCUCUCAAGCUCUGUCAGGUUGGAUGGGGAGCUUCGCUGCACAGCUAUUUUCAGGUCUCUCCAGAGAUGUUCGAUCGGGUUCCAGUCUGGACUCUGGCUGGGCCACUCAAGGACAUUCAGAGACUUGUCCCGAAGCCACUCCUGCGUUGUCUUGGCUGUGUACUUGGAAGGUGAACCUUCCCCCCCAGACUGAGGUCCUGAGCGCUCUGGAGUAGGUUUUCAUCAAGGAUCUCUCUGUACUUUGCUCCGUUCACCUUUGCCUCGAUCCUGACUAGUCUCCCAGUCCAUGCCGCUGAAAAACAUCCCCACAGCAUGAUGCUGCCACCGCCAUGCUUCACCGUAGGGAUGCUGCCAGGUUUCCUCUAGACGUGACGCUUGGCAUUCAGGCCAAACAGUUCAAUCUUGGUAACAUCAGACCAGAGAAUCUUGUUUCUCACGGUCUGAGAGUCUUUAGGUGCUUUUUGGCAAACUCCAAGCGGGCUGUCAGGUGCCUUUUACUGAGGAGUGGCUUCCGUCUGGCCACUCUACCAUAAAGGCCUGAUUGGUGCAGAGAUGGUUGUCCUUUAGGUGCCUCUUGGCAAACUCCAAGCGGGCUGUCCUGCAUGUUAUAUUUUUGUUAUUUUUUUACUUUUACCCCUUAUUCGCCCCAAUUACGUGAUAUCCAAUUGGUUUUUACAGUCUUGUCCCAUCGCUGCAACUCCCCUACGGACUCGGGAGAGGCAAAGGUCGAGAGCCAUGCGUCCUCCGAAACACAACCCUGCCAAGCCGCACUGCUUCUUGACACACUGCUCGCUUAACCCGGAAGCCAGCCGCACCAAUGUGUUGGAGGAAACACCGUCCAGCUGGCGACCGAAGUCAGUUUGCAGGUCAUCUCCCUGACUAAGGCCCUUCUCCCCUGAAUUGCUCAGUUUGGCCAGGCGGCCAGCUCUAGGAAGAGUCUUGGUGGUGGAAGAGUCUUCUUCCAUUUAAGAAUGAUGGAGGCCACUAUGUUCUUGGGGACCUUCAAUGCUGCAGUAAUUUUUUUUGUACCCUUCCCCAGAUCUGUGCCUCGACACAAUCCUGUCUCUGAACCUCUACGGACAAUUCCUUCGACCUCAUGGCUUGGUUUUUGCUCUGACAUGCACUGUCAACUGUGGGAUCUCAUAUAGUCAGGUGUGUGCCUUUCCAAAUCAUGUCCAAUCAAUUUAAUUUCCCACAGGUGGACUCCAAUCAAGUUGUAGAAACAUCUCAAGGAAGAUCAAUGGAAGCAGGAUGCACCUGAGCUAAAUUUCGUGACUCGAGGCAAAGGGUCUGAAUACUUAUGUAAAUAAGGAAUUUUGUUUUUUUAAUUUUAAUACAUUUGCAAACAUUUCUAAAUACCAGUUUUUGCUUUGUCAUAAUGGGGUAUUGUGUGUAGGUUGAUGAUGGCAAAAAAUUAUUUAAUCAAUUUUACAAUUAGGUUGGAACGUAACAAAAUGUGGAAAAAGUCAAAGGGCUGAAUACUUUCUGAAUGCACUGUACACUAUUCAGAAAGAUAUACAGACAUGUUUAGGCCUUGCCCUGAGACAUGGCUUAAGACCAUGGGUCUAUAGUCUUGACUCAGGGAACGUUUAGGACUAAUCUUUUCAUAGAAUGUAUUCAGCCCAGAAGCUCCAGGAGGGUCCCUAUAGGUUAUCAAUGAUUAACAUAUGAGGUCUUCCUUGGUUAUCUGUAUUUGGAGAAGUGGAAAUCCUGAUCUUCUGACAGGCUGGUUAAGUAUGAUAUUAGCACGGGUUAUGAUAGUAAAAUAAGUCCCAGUUGUGCACUGGGGCCUCCCACUCCUCUUUCUAUUCUGGUUAGAGCCAGUUUGUGCUGUUCUGUGAAGGGAGUAGUACACAGCGUUGUACGAGAUGGCAUUUUCUCGCAUGGAAUAGCCUUAAUUUCUCUACAAGAAUAGACUGACAAGUUUCAGAAGAAAGUUCUUUUUUUCUGGCCAUUUUGAGCCUGCAAUUGAACCCAUAAUUGCUGAUGCUCCAGAUACUCAACUAGUCUCAACAAGGCCAGUUUUAUUGCUUCUUUAAUCAGUACAACAGUUUUCAGCUGUGCUAACAUAAUUGCAGAAGGGUUUUCUAAUGAUCAAUUAGCCUUUUAAAAUGAUAAACUUGGGUUAGCAAACACAACGUGCCAUUGGAACACAGGACUGGUGGUUGCUGAUAAUGGGCCUCUGUACGCCUAUGUAGAUAUUGCAUUAAGAAUCAGCCGUUACCAGCUACAAUAGCCAUUUACAACAUUAACAAUGUCUACACUGUAUUUCUGAUCAAUUUGAUGUUAUUUUAAUGGACAAUAAAAUUGCUUUUCCUUCAAAAACAAGGACAUUUCUAAGUGACCCCAAACUUUUGAACGGUAGUAUACCUAUCUACAGUUUGGAAGUUGCCCCCUGCCCCUGUCUCUCCCCACACAGACCUUUGUUACAGAAUGUCAAAUAGCUUAAUCAAAUAGUGAUAAUGUAAUAAAUGGAGAGAGCAAUGACUCACCUCAAAGGGUUGUCCAUUAAUCAUUCCACAAAAAAACUAAAGACAAGCAACUUUGAUGUCUCUGUCUCCAUAGCCUACUUCACAAAUUCAUUCACUUCAUUGAGUCAGCAACCUCACCUAAAGAUGAAAAUAUGUUUUUAAGUGAUGAAGUACAGUAGUGCAGUAAUCUUUUUGUUCAGUUGAAAUAAUAACUUGGCUUAUUUGCCCUAUUGGUUAAAACCCCUUGGCCUUCACCCAGUACCCUUCCCUGAACUUAGUCACUGACAGUAACCGGCUACCACCCGGUUACUCAACCCUGCACCUUAGAGGCUGCUGCCCUAUGUACAUAGACAUGGAACAUUGGUCACUUUAAUAAUGUUUACAUACUGUAUUCUAGUCAAGGUCAUCCUAUUCAACUAUUGCUGUACAUAGAAUAGUAUAUCCUACGUAUUCUACAGAUGUAGUCCCCUGUAGCUCAGUUGGUAGAGCAUGGCGCUUGCAACGCCAGGGUUGUGGGCUCGUUUCCCACGGGGGGCCAGUAUGAAAAUGUAUGCACUCACUAACUGUAAGUCGCUCUGGAUAAGAGCGUCUGCUAAAUGACUAAAAUGUAAAUAUACUACAUAUUCUAUCGUGUUGAAAUUUCAUGGCCUGCAAUGGUGGCGUAUGUCACUCACUGAAUGUUUGAAGUAGACGUAGCUACUGUAUAUACAUGCAUCUAUAAUAGUAAUUAUUAGAAUAGAAUAACUUUAUUUUUCCUAGAGAGAAGUCAGAGAACUUCAUUCUUUGGCUUUCGGAUUAGAUAGUAAACACAUCACAGUACAGACACCGAUAACAACAGAUAAUACAAUACACAUUAUAUAAAGUCAUAAACACAAAGUCCCAAGAAUAUUGUGGAUGGGAUUGCUUUAUUUGGAGGUCAUUGUUUGUUUAGAGGUCGGCCAGCCCAAAAGUCAGAUUCUGUAAUCUGCGUGAGAUUACUGUGACAUAAUAGUGUUUUGUCACAUGGGUUGAGUGUGCUGUGUUGUGUCGUGCUGCACAAAGCAAUAGCCAUGGCUGUGGUUGCUGUGUUAGGCUACUUACUAAACAAUAGUAAUAGAGACUUGUACAUACACUCUAUAUUACUCCCGGUUAAAAUUAGCCUAUUCUCAAAGUCGGUUACAACAUUAUGUAAAAUAUCUCUGCUAUUAUUAGAUGUCUGAACCGAUGUUUCUGCACAGUAGUGCCUUCUUCAGUGUCAUGAAGAAAGACUUCCAACAAGCUGAAGAACUGACAUUGGUUUGGUUUGCUUUGUCUUGCAGAUCAGGUAAGGCUGAUCAGCAUAUCGUGUGGGCGUGUGAUGGCUAUGGGAUGGUCUAUUUCCGCAUGGGUAUGCAACCCCUCAGCACCAGCAUGAUGGUUCCUGCCUGGAUCUGUAUCGAACCACCAGAGCAG